CCUCCGCCUCGGAAACGCUGUUGCAGCAGACCCAGCUGCUCCCCUCGCGUCCAGCGCCAUGCUCCGGGACAGGCAGGAUGAGGUGGAGCUGGAGAAAAGCGUCCGCUGAUUAUGGGGAAAAUUCUGUGGGAAGGUGAGCAUCUCAGAUGCUGUGAAGCUGAUGCGAAGGUUCAGCAAGAAUCAUGAUCUUGUCUGCAAGUACAUCAUCCUCUGCAAAAACGAGAUGGCAGAUAUGGACCCAGAAGAUCAAGUUAACCUCAAUGAUGACCCCGUGGCUUUGAAAGUGAUAAAUAAACUAAAGCAAGAAGAAGAGCAGAAGAAAAAGAACCCAAAGGACAGGAAUGAUGAUAAAAUCAAGGAGGUUGCUUUGCAGCUAAAGGGCUUGAGUCUGACAGAGAAGAACCUUCGCAUGUUCGAUAAUGCCCAAAACAACUGCAUCCCCCCUGUUGACAGCCAGUUUGCCUGCCAGCCCUGUGACAGUAUGUGGUGGCGCCGAGUCCCAGAGAGAAAAAAGGUGUCCCGUUGCCGCCUGUGUGGGACCCGCUAUGACCCAGUGCCUUGCAACAAAAUGUGGGGCCUAGCAGAGUUCAAGUGUACUGAGUGUGGAUGCAACUUCGGAGGAUAUGGCCAGAUGGGGACCCCAUCUCCCUGCUACAGUUGCCAUUGCCCAAUCCUUCCCAGCUCUAUCUUCCCUCCAUGCAAGACCUCAGGCCCACAAACCUGACAGCAGCAUUCCUGCUUUGCGGAGGACUGCUACAACCGAAGAGAGCGUCAUGUGCCAGGAACCCACUGUGUGCAUUCACGAAGCCGGGUCAGUAACCACUUGCCCAAAGUGAUCAACCCCAGUGAAGAGCAUGACAGCACCGGCUCCACAGUGGCCACCUGCUUAAGUCAAGGCAGCUUGGCAGACUGGGACAUCGAUGAGCUCAUCCUGGAGGAUCUGAAGGAACAAGACGAAGAGGAAGAUGCUGAGAGCAGUAAUUAAGCCCAGGACACCUCAAGUAGCCCAUAGGAGACAGGUGACGGGUUGCAACCUGUGGAGGUGGCCAGGGAGGCAAGUCUCCUUCAUAUUUCCUAAGGUCUAGGCCUGCCAAUUGUACUAAUGUACAUGAAUGACAGUUCCUCAUGCCAGGGCCCACGUAAUAAUAGUUUCUAGCCCUCUUUCUGGCUUUUUUCCUCUCAAGUGUGGCCUUGGUUUUGUUGCCUACUAUUGAUUUCUGCUUUGGAGAGUGCAUCUUCCAGACAUAACUAAACAACAGGUUUAAACUGGUUUUAAUAGUCGUUCUCUCUCCUGAGAGAACAAUAAAAGUUGCUAGUGUUGUGUCGGAGGCCUAGUACUCUUUGCAUGAAGAAUUCUGAGCACCCUCAACAAAAUUCCCAGGAUCCUUUGGGUGAAGUUAACUGGUGUAAAACCAGCGUAAGCUAGUAGUGUAAUUUUGCUCCUACUGUCCAG